AUGCAUAAAGCUACAAGCUUGUUUUUGGUUCUCGCAGCGGCUUCGUCUGCUUUUACUUCCGUGCACGCGCAUGGAUACGUGCAAGAAGUCGUUGCCGACGGGACCACCUACACUGGAUACUUGCCCUACCAAGAUCCUUACAUGAACCCUGCCCCGGAGCGGAUUAUUCGAAAGAUACCCAGUAAUGGACCAGUGACGGAUGUGACUUUGAUAGACCUUCAAUGCAAUGGCGACUCUGCAGACGGUAUGGUUGGCACGGUACCCGCUCCGAUUUACGGAACGGUGGAGGCAGGUACUUCUGUUGCAUUGAAUUGGACUGCAUGGCCAGAUUCUCAUGUGGGACCGAUGAUCACGUAUAUGGCCGCAGUUCCUUCGGGAACCGACAUUACCGAGUGGCUUCCGGGAACUGCCGCCGUAUGGUUCAAGGUUGCAGAAGCGGGAAAGACCGCUGAUGAAAAGUGGGCUGCAACGGAUAUUCUAUCCGCCAAUGAUAGUAUCUAUACGUUCACCGUUCCCGCAUCGCUCAAGCCUGGCCAGUACAUUGUUCGUCAUGAGAUCAUAGCCUUGCAUGGAGCUUUCGCCUAUCCUGGUGCCCAGUUCUAUCCAUCAUGUAUCCAAUUCGAGGUCACCGGAUCUGGUACAGCGUCUCCUUCCUCAUCUUACCUGGUGGCUUUCCCUGGUGCAUACACUCCAGAGACCCCCGGGAUCGUCUUUGACGUCUACGAUAACCCGGACGCGCCUUACCCAAUUCCCGGUCCGGCUGUGUAA